AUGUCAUCAAAAUCCGCGUCAACUCAUAGGCAGGCUCGGGAGGAAUCCGAACCCAACACUGAGAGUAAAUCUCAUCAUCAACAUUACCAUCACAACGCUGAUCUCAGUCGAUUUUGCAAUUCUGUUGGCCCCAAAAAAGAAGGAUCUCCCCAUCCCUGUACAGAAUCUCCCGCAGGUCCUCAUCCACAAUCCACCCACUUCGAUCAUCUACCACAACAAGAAGAUUUUUUCGCAAGCAAUGCAGCUAGUUUUGGUGGCUCCAGCCAUGAUGCUGGCUAUAUGUCAGAAAAUGACUUGCAUGAAUUGGAAGCUCAAACCCAUGAACCUAGUUCCCAAUAUACUUGUCGUCACUUGGGUUACUUCUCACACGACUGCGUAAUGGCAUCGCACUACGACAAUCAACUUACCAUUGAGGAAGAUCCGAACGAACAGAAUAGCCCUCCCCAAUCAGAAAUUCAGCGUGUAACGACAAAUCCGACUACAGAGAAUGGCAUACAAGUAUCGAGCAAUGAAUUUGAAGAAAUGCAAACCUAUUCGCCAACUACCGAAAUUUGGACUCUGCACGAGUCUCGAGAUGAAAGAAUACGACUCGGCUUACCCGGUGGCCAAGAAAUUCCCUCAAAUAUAUUUUACUACGAUGAAGAUCUUGAUAUCGAGGCACGUUGA